AUGGAUGCACGGCCCUGGUGGCGGUAUGUUGCUGCGCCAAUGGUGAACCAGUCGGAUCUUGCAUUCCGGCUCACUGCCGUGCAUUAUGGUGCGACUGCGACGUGGACGCAAAUGUAUCAUACGCAGGAACUAGAGCAGCGGGAUGUGUACGAAACGCUUGUGCAUGCGUUGGAGCAGGGCCGCUGUGCGGACGCGGCGCAUGAUGCAGUGACUGGGGAGCGUACGCCGCAGAUUGUACAGCUUGCUGGGGACGAUCCGCAGCAGCUUGCGGAUGCAGCCAAGAAAGUUGCUGCGUACGCCGACGGAAUCGACUUGAAUUUGGGGUGCCCGCAGCGCCGCGCAAAAGACGGGCAUUACGGCGCAUACUUGUUGGCGCGCCGUGAGUGGCCGCUGGUGGAGCAGCUUACCAGUGCAUUGGCACAUGCGACGCCUCUUGUCGUCUCGACCAAGAUUCGGCUGUGCGACUAUGCGCCGGAUACAGUUGCGCUCGCUUUGCGGCUAGCGCACGCGGGCUCUUCGUUUAUCACUUUGCAUGGCCGUCAUGUAGCCAUAAACCGACGUCGUGCGCAUUCUGCGAAACUCGAGUACGUUGCCGAGAUACGUCGCGCGUUGCUCGAGGCUGGCGCGCACGCUUCACAACAGGGAGGCUCGACGCGGGUGUUGAGCAAUGGGAAUGUGCGGUGCUGGGAUUGUAUCGUGUCUAGUUUGGAGUACACAGGCGCGGAUGGGAUCAUGGUGGGAGAGCCACUGUUGGAGCAGCCAAGCUUGUUUUCUUCAUCGCUCGGCCGCACGCCGACGUGGCGCGAGUCUAUGCAUACCUAUUUGCGAUUCUGUCGUGCAUACCCUCUAGACUCACUCCCCAUUUCGCGCGUUCACCAACAUGUGCAGUACAUGGUGCGUGGCGGAUUACCACACGGGCGCGAAGCGCGGCGCUGGGAGGACGCGCUCAAAGCGGCAAAUUCCGUAGACGCGAUGCUAGCGCUUGUGGAGGCGCAGUAG